AUGGCUGGCAAAGGUGAGGGUCCUGCGAUCGGAAUCGAUUUGGGAACGACUUACUCUUGCGUCGGCGUUUGGCAACACGAUCGUGUUGAAAUCAUAGCCAACGAUCAGGGUAACAGAACUACCCCAUCCUAUGUGGCUUUCACCGACACAGAACGGUUGAUCGGCGAUGCGGCGAAGAACCAGGUCGCUAUGAACCCAACCAACACUGUUUUCGAUGCUAAGCGUUUGAUUGGUAGGCGUUUUACUGAUGCUUCGGUACAGAGUGACAUGAAACUGUGGCCGUUUAAGGUGAUUUCUGGUGCCGGUGACAAGCCCAUGAUUGUGGUGAAUUACAAGGGGGAGGAGAAGCAGUUUUCAGCGGAAGAGAUAUCUUCCAUGGUUCUAAUUAAGAUGAAGGAGAUUGCGGAAGCAUUUCUCGGAUCCACGGUGAAGAAUGCCGUGGUGACUGUCCCUGCUUACUUCAAUGACUCACAGCGGCAAGCUACAAAGGACGCUGGGGUCAUUUCGGGGCUCAAUGUUAUGCGUAUUAUCAAUGAGCCUACCGCGGCUGCCAUUGCUUAUGGGCUUGACAAGAAGGCCACUAGCUCUGGGGAGAAGAACGUUCUUAUUUUUGACCUCGGUGGUGGGACUUUUGAUGUAUCCCUUCUCACCAUUGAGGAAGGUAUUUUCGAAGUGAAAGCCACCGCUGGUGAUACUCACUUGGGAGGUGAAGAUUUUGAUAACAGAAUGGUGAACCAUUUUGUUCAGGAAUUCAAGAGGAAGAACAAGAAGGAUAUUAGUGGAAAUGCGAGAGCACUGAGGAGGUUGAGAACUGCAUGUGAGAGAGCGAAGAGGACUCUCUCUUCCACCGCUCAGACCACCAUCGAGAUUGAUUCCUUGUAUGAGGGUAUUGACUUCUACACAACCAUCACCCGUGCCAGGUUUGAAGAGUUGAACAUGGAUCUCUUCAGGAAGUGCAUGGAACCCGUGGAGAAGUGUUUGCGGGAUGCUAAGAUGGAUAAGAGCACCGUCCAUGAUGUUGUUCUUGUGGGUGGUUCCACUAGGAUCCCCAAGGUUCAACAAUUAUUGCAGGACUUCUUCAAUGGGAAGGAGCUUUGCAAGAGCAUCAACCCCGAUGAAGCUGUUGCCUAUGGUGCUGCAGUGCAGGCUGCUAUUCUCAGUGGUGAGGGUAAUGAGAAAGUGCAGGAUCUUCUCUUGUUGGAUGUUACCCCUCUCUCCCUGGGGUUGGAGACAGCAGGAGGAGUCAUGACCGUGUUGAUUCCCAGGAACACAACCAUUCCUACCAAGAAGGAGCAGGUGUUCUCUACCUACUCCGACAACCAGCCCGGAGUGUUGAUUCAGGUCUAUGAAGGUGAACGUACGAGGACACGUGAUAACAAUUUGCUCGGGAAGUUCGAGCUGUCCGGAAUUCCACCUGCCCCCAGAGGUGUUCCACAAAUCAAUGUGUGCUUCGAUAUUGAUGCCAACGGAAUAUUGAACGUGUCUGCAGAGGACAAGACCACUGGACAAAAGAAUAAGAUAACAAUUACGAACGACAAGGGUAGGCUUUCCAAGGAGGAGAUUGAAAAGAUGGUGCAGGAAGCUGAGAAGUACAAGGCUGAGGACGAGGAGCAUAAGAAAAAAGUGGAGGCCAAGAAUUCGUUGGAGAAUUAUGCCUAUAAUAUGAGGAACACAAUUAAAGAUGACAAGAUUGCUUCCAAGCUUUCUGCUGAUGAUAAGAAGAAAAUAGAAGAUGCGAUUGACCAAGCUAUUCAAUGGCUCGAUGGGAACCAACUUGCCGAGGCUGAUGAAUUUGAGGACAAAAUGAAAGAGUUGGAGAGCAUUUGCAAUCCCAUCAUCGCUAAGAUGUACCAAGGUGCUGGUGGUGAUGCCGGAGGAGCCAUGGAUGAGGAUGGUCCUGCUCCUGCUAGUGGAAGCGGUGCCGGACCCAAAAUUGAGGAAGUUGAUUAA